AUGUCCUCGCAAAUUUUACCGCAAGCUAUGUACCGACGAGACUCAGAGGAAAUGCAGGAGAAGCCCCUCGAAAUUGACCAGGACUCCAAUCCCGAUCCCAGUCGAUCGAACAGUCCAAAGAACAUGAAAUAUUACGAAAAUAAAACUAUAAUAAAUCAAGGGAAAAAGUCUUUUUGCAUAGAUGCCCUGCUCUCACGUCACAUGGAACCAGAAAGUUCGAUUCAAGAAAAGAUGGCGCAGCAAAAAUAUCUGUCACUUAUACAAAACAAAAACUACAUAGCAAGAUAUCAGAAUGAAAAUUACGAAGCGCAAAUAGAACACAACACGAUAAAUAGGUGUCAGAAUCGCAGUUCGGAAGGAUUCGAUAGGGUUGAAAGUGAGAGUCCACGUUCGGGACAGAGCAGUCCCAGGAGUGGGACGCCGGGUUCCGAUGAUGGGAACAGGUCGGAGGGUUACAGUCCACCGAUUUCGCCGGGAGUCGAGGUUGGAGCAGAAGAGUACGAAAGCUAUAGACCUGGUAUAAUACCGAAGCCGGGACUCCUGCCUCAGAACCCGGCUUUAGUGGCGGCUCAGUCCUCGUUGUUCAACUACCCUCAACUGUCGCAGCCCGGGGCGAUGCCUCCGGGCGCUCCGCUGCCGUCCGCCUUCCACCACCCGGGCGAUCGAGUGCUGCAUCACAUGCAACUGGAAUGGCUGGCGCGGACUGGCAUGUUCUACCACCGAAUACCUGAGCUUGGAGGAGCGCCACACGCACUUUUGGGGAAGACCAGACGUCCUAGAACCGCUUUCACUUCUCAACAGUUAUUAGAAUUAGAGAAGCAAUUCCGCAUGAACAAAUAUCUAUCAAGACCCAAGAGAUUCGAAGUAGCGACGAGCCUCAUGCUGACAGAAACGCAGGUAAAAAUAUGGUUUCAAAAUCGAAGAAUGAAAUGGAAACGCUCAAAAAAGGCCCAACAAGAUACAAAAACGAAAGACACUCAUAUCGCCCAUCAAGCUGACGAGAAGAACAAACCAAAAGAUUUACCUCAGCCACCAUCAGAAUCUGAAAAACAACCCCAACAACAAAUGGCCGCGGAUUUGACAUCUGUCAAACCUUCGCCGUUGUUAGAUAGGGAGCGAAUUAUUGCGCUAGAAAGGGAGAGGGCAAUGGCUGCGGCAAAUUUCAAUUCAAAUUUAGAAAACAAUAGGCGCGGAUUGGUUGUCAUAAACCAAGAAGGCGGUAGGCCUGGCAUGGAUAUGUUCAGGCCAUACGUAGUAUGA